GGCUCACGGCCGUGCUACGUCACAUAGACUCCAAGUGAAAGGGUGAGCCCCACGCCAUAUAAAAGCUAACUACGCUCCUCAAUUACUAUCAUUCAGCAUCCUCACAACCAACCAGCACAAUGGCAUUCAAGUUUGUCGUCCUCGCCUGCAUCGUAGCGACAGCUAGCGCUGGCUUACUUCCAGCUGCUCCCGUCGCUUACGCUGCUUCCCCAGCCUACCACGGUGCCCAGGUGUACCAAGCUGCCCCAGCCUACCACGGCGCCCAGGUCUACCAAUCUGCCCCUGUAUACCAGGCGGCACCUGUGUACCAUGCUGCGCCAGUGGCUAAAUACGCCGUAGCCCCCGUCGCUAAGGUCGCCGUUGAAGAAUACGACCACCACCCCCAAUACAGCUUCGCUUACGACGUUCAAGAUGGUUUGACCGGUGACUCCAAGACCCAACACGAAUCUCGCGAUGGUGAUGUCGUCCAAGGCUCAUACUCAGUUGUAGACCCUGAUGGCCACAAGCGCACCGUUGACUACACCGCUGACCCCCACAACGGCUUCAACGCUGUAGUCCGUAGAGAACCCAUCGGCGUUAAGGUUGUCGCUCCCGUCGUUGCCAAGGUCGCUGCCCCAGUCGCCUACUCAUCUCCUGCCUACUACCACCACUAAAUGCCAAAUAGUAGAGCUAACUAGGAAUUUUGUUAUGAAAGGAAUAAGAUACGUUAAUUAAAUUAUUUUUCUACCUUUUUA